CUGCCAGUUUCUAAAAAAAAAAGAAAAUCUCGCCUGCCCGACUCCGCACCGCCGCCUGCCCGACCGGGGUCGCCGCCACCCGCGCCCUCACACCUCGCCCGCGCCGCCACUGCCCCGCCUCGCGUCGUCGGCGCCCCUCACGACCCUGGCCCACACCUCCCUCGCAGCGCUCCCGGUCCGCUUGCCGCCCUGCCUCAUGGCGAGAGGGGAGGCGAUUUGGUCAAGCCGUCUGCGGUCCAGGUUUCUGGUGGCGACUGCUGCGUCUGGAGGUGUGCUGCCGCUACGUCUGCUUGGUGAAUGCGUGCACAUCCCGCUCUUCCCUCUCUUUGCAUUGACGCGGCGUGUUUAGGGAUUGGAUGUGGCAUGCUUGGUGGGGCAUUUGGGUACACAGCCUGAAGGCUGGGGCGAGCUGCCAUGUGAUCUGAUAAGGCGGAUUGUCGAGGAUUAUCUGUCCUGCGGAAUUGACAGGCUACGCCUCUCAUGGAUCAACAGGCACUGGGGCGAAACCAUCCGCGAUAUGAAGCUGCCAGAUCUGCCAUGGAUGCUCCUUCCUUCAACCAGCACUCCGAUGUUUUUUGUACCUGUGACUCGGUGCCUGCACAAGAUCUGGCUUCCGGCUGCACUUAAGAGUGGGAUGCUGUGUGGGUCAUCGGGGCCAUGGAUAUUCAUCAGCCUCGGGUACCCGGAGCGCCAAUUCAUUGUAUACAACCUAUGCAAUGGAGAGAAGAGAGGUCGCAUUGACCUGCCGGUGACGAUACUGGACAAGGAAGGUAUGACUCACGAGGUCUGGGUUGAGAUGGCAGCCCUCUCACGCCCCCCUUCAACCGCUGGGUACACGGUGGCUGCAGUGGUAGGCAUUGGCGAAUCCCUUGUUCACACCAUAGCGACGUGGGAGUCCAAGGAUGAUCACUGGACUGAGAUUGGAACUGUGGAAGAUGGGGUGUUCGACAUGUUGUUCUAUCAGGGCUCCUUCCACUUCCUCACGUCCAAUGAAGAUCUGAUCAGGCUUGUUCCGGAGGGCCUCUCAUUCAGAAUGGAGCGUUAUCAUGUUAAGUUUCGCUCCAGCAAACCGAUUGAUGAUUACUAUGAAGCUCAGGAGAAAGGUUACAUACUGAGUAGGUACCUGGUGGAGUCCACAGCAGGACAUCUUCUGUUUGCCGUGAAAGUUACGCAUGAUAGCAAGAAAACAUUUGAUAUCAAGCUGCUGCGUCUGUCUGUUGACGAUGCCGGCCAAGCCAGGUGGGCCCAUUACAAGAACACAGCCGAUGAAAUGAUUUACCUAGGUCAGGCUUCCUCAGUAUCUUGUGUCAGUCAGGGUGAGCCAACCAUUCAUUUUCUUGAUGACCGUCUGGUGAAGAGCGAGGACGGGGUGGAUCACUACUACAGGUGGGACAUGGGAGGGUUGCAGCCCCAUGUCCUCCAGGUUGGCUGGUACGCUUACCGAACACCAAACGAAGAAUCCCGGUUCUGCUAUCGAGGACCAGACGACAUAGGAGCGACUGACAUACCAACACCAGUUUGGUGCAAGCCCCAGUCUGGUGGUUCUACCACUGACUGACUGCCACUCCUGUGACCAUCAUCGUCAAUGCUUAGUCCAGCUCCGCUUGUUUUCAAGGAUUCACAUUACCCUUUUCUCUCUUUACUCAUUAUAUGUAGUGAGUGUGUGCUAGCUGUAUGUGAAUUCUGCUCCCUAGGAUUGCAAUUCAUCUUAUUCCCUGUAUAUCUGGAUUCAUAAUGCGUCCUUUCAACUUUUGCUUGUAUGAAAGGUGAUCGUUACAUGGUUUGUAACAAGAGCCAAUUCUAGUGA